AUGAAUGGUGGUAGUGUAAAUACUACUGCUACUUCUUCUUCUUUUUCUUCUUCUUCUUCUUCUUCACAAGGUGAUAGUUUAAUUUCAUCAACAUCUACGACAUCUACGACAACAUCUACAACAACAUCUACAACUACAACAAAAGAAUCAAAAUGGGAUAAACAAACACCAUCAGUCAUAUCUAUAUCUACAACUCCAUUGGUGCAACCAUUGGUAUCGGAUAAUUAUGGUUUGAUACACUCACAACAACCUUCUCAUGCUCCUUUGACACCUACAACUAUAUCUUCAUCAUCAUCGACACAACAUAAAGAAUCUAAAUGGGACAAGAUAGAGAGUACACCCGUAUUACAACCACAACAACCAUCACUUCAACAACAACAACAAGUACCUCCUUCACCUUUACCUCCAUUACAACAACAACAACAACAACAGAUACCAUUACCAUUACCAGUUAGACAUUUUGGAAGAUAUGAUAAUGAUAGUAGAUCAUCAUUGCUUGGAAAGUUUAGACCUGUCGAUGAUCCAUAUAAUAGAGAUCGUGGAAUUGUACGUCCUCCUCCUCCUCAAUACCCGGCUGCAGUAGGAGAUCGCGGUGGUGGUGGUGGUGGUGGACAUCCCACAUUACAUCGACACUCAAAGCAUCACCUUCCUCCACCAAACCAUGGUAAUAACGACUAUGACUAUGACUACGACUAUGAUUAUAUAGCUGGACGCGGACCAUCUAAAGGAUCAUACGGCCGUGGUGGUGGUGGAGCUGCAUCCUAUGAUUUUGGAGCGGCUGGUGGUGGAGGGUACCGCGACACUAGGUUCAGAGGUGCUGGUGGAAGUGAUAGAUUCGAAGGUGGUGGUGGUGGAGGAGGUGGUGGACGUGACAUGCAUGGUAUGCAUCCAAACCAUGGUCAUGGAUAUAGUCAGGGUCAAGGACAUGGUCAUCAUCCAGGAGGACACAUGUCUGGUUAUAAAUCACUUCCACCACAUCAUCAAGCUCGUGGUGGAAGUGGUGGUAGUGGUGGAAGUACUGAUCCAUUUGACGAUAUAUUGCGAUCGCUUGGAACGAUGGAAUUUGGUUUCUACCAACAAACGUCGACACAGAUCCUCAACAUUCUCAAAAACAAUGGCACGUUUGACAAGAUUAGGUCAAUCAUAUCAAACGAAAUGUCGACGUCUGGUGUACAGCAACGUUUGAGAAAUGAAGCAAAGGAUCGACUCCAAAACUCAGAGGCACUCAAGCGAUACUCUAAAGACAAGAAUAUCAACAAACGAACCGUGUUUCUUCAACUACGUCGUGACACUGAGAGUAUCACGGAAAUGAUCAAAAAGGAACUGACAAUACUUAUCAAGAAUCAUGAAAAGGAUCCAUAUAUUACCAUUUCCGAUUCUAUAUCAUCUCUUAUUAAAUCUUUAUCAAUUGAAACUGAUACUCUAAAUACUAGUACCUCUGCAUCCUCUACAUCCUCUUCUUCUUUGAAAUCAGAGAAAAAAGAGAAUGUCUUGUCACCUACAAAGAAACAACAACAACAACAACAACAACCGACAAUUACACAAGCUUCGACCUCUUCCUCUAUAAAGGAUGAAGGAGAGGAACAAGGACAAGAAGAAGAUAAAGAGAAACAAAAUGAACAACAACCAAAAUCAAAAGAGUUGGUGGUCGUUGAUGGUGACGGUCAACCACAAGAACAAGAAGGUGAAAAGGAAAUGAUGGAUUUAGGAGAGGAUGACGAAAAGAAGAAAAAGGAAGAAGAAGAAGAAGAAGAAGAGGAUAUUUUACAAGUCAAUGGAAGAAGAACAAGAAAGAAAAUUAUUUUAUACCAAGAUGAGGAAGAUGAAGAAGAUCAGGAACAAGAAGUAGAAGAGGAAUCUGCAGGCGAGGAAGAAGAUGAAAGUUUUAAUAAUAGUGAUAGUGAUGAUUCGGAUAGUGACGAUUCAGGUUCAAGUAGUAGUGAUGAUGAUGAUGAAGAUGAAGAGGAAGAAGAAGAGGAAGAAGAUCAAUCAUAUAGUGCAAGAAGAAAAUUAAUUACACCAACAAAGAAAACUCCAACCAAAUCAUUUACAAACGGUGUACAUAGUAAUAGUAAAAGUAAUAAUAAUAAUAAUAAUAAUAAUAAUAAUAAUAAUAAGAAUAAUAAGAAUAAUAAUCAUGUACAAUUAAAGAAAAGAAAAUCAACCAAAGAUCCAUUUGAAGAAGAAGAUGAUGAACAAUCAACUAAAUCUUCCAAUCAAAUCACUACUCAACAAGCAACUCCUAGAUUUACCCCAUUAUCUUUAAGAAAAAAGAAAAAAGAUAAUUAA